CGAGAGGGCGAUUUCACGGGCCCGCCCCCCUCGGUUCCCGAAAGCUAAAGCGUGGCAGGGGCCGGGCCGGGGGAAGCGGAGGAGGCGGGUCUCCAUAGAAACCUCCACCUGUUUCCGGCGAGGCUGUGAGCGAUUAGGGGCUGCUGCGGGGGCCAAUCUCAGCCCGCUCGCCUUUUCCCGGCGGCCUCUGCGGGAGCGGUGGGUGUUGUACACAAUCAUCAUGGCGGCGGCCGGAGCCCCGGAUGGCAUGGAGGAGCCUGGCAUGGACACGGAGGCCGAGACCGUGGCGACCGAGGCGCCCGCGCGGCCGCUCAACUGCGUGGAGGCCGAAGCCGCGGCGGGGGCGACGGCCGCGGACUCCUGCGCCGCGCGAGGCAGCCUGCAGCCGGCCCCGGCCCAGCCCCCUGGAGACCCCGCGGCCCAGGCCUCGGUCAGCAACGGCGAGGAUGCGGGCGGCGGCGCGGGUCGGGAGCUGGUGGACCUGAAGAUCAUCUGGAACAAGACUAAGCACGACGUGAAGUUCCCCCUGGACAGCACUGGCUCCGAGCUCAAACAGAAGAUUCACUCGAUUACAGGUCUCCCGCCUGCCAUGCAGAAAGUCAUGUAUAAGGGACUUGUCCCUGAGGAUAAGACGUUGAGAGAAAUAAAAGUGACCAGCGGGGCCAAGAUCAUGGUGGUUGGCUCCACGAUAAAUGAUGUUUUAGCAGUAAACACGCCCAAAGAUGCUGCCCAACAGGACGCAAAGGCCGAAGAGAACAAGAAGGAGCCUCUCUGCAGGCAGAAACAACACAGGAAAGUGUUGGAUAAAGGAAAACCUGAAGAUGUGAUGCCGUCUGUUAAGGGCGCCCAGGAGCGCCUGCCCGCUGUACCCUUAUCCGGCAUGUACAAUAAGUCCGGAGGGAAAGUGAGACUUACCUUUAAGCUAGAACAGGACCAGCUGUGGAUUGGCACUAAAGAGCGGACUGAGAAAUUGCCCAUGGGUUCCAUUAAAAAUGUGGUCAGUGAGCCUAUCGAAGGACACGAAGACUACCACAUGAUGGUAAGUAGCCGGCGUGGCCCAGCCCUCGCUAGACUCCUGCUGCUGCUCCUCCAGCAGGGAGUGGAUUUUUCACUGAGGAGAAAACUCAGUGUUCAGAAGAUGCACAGUGUUAAGACCCUUAUGUUGUCUUCCCAUUCUUAGAACGUAAUCCGUGACCUGUUAUUCCUUGUUCUGUUUAUUUUGCAAACCGCUCUCCGCACCUCCCUCACCCCUGCCUUCCAGCAGUUUAAAGGGGAUACAUUUUUAUCUCGUUUGCAUCUCUCAUAUCUGUAAUAUUUUGUUUGUAGACCAGGAAAAUAAAUAUAAAGAGGAGGUUAAUGGCUUGUGGGUCUUCAUUUUAAGUUUUGUCUUGCGUAUGAAACAAAACCUCCCACUAGCCUUGGCGUCUGUGAGGGCACCAGGCUGUCGCCUUCUGCAGUGGUGUUGCUUAUUCCGGGGGCAGCCAUCGAGUGGCAGAGGACUCCGCGGGGAGGAUGGGGUCUGUGACCUGGUUAAGUGUGGAGUUGUGCUUUAAAGAGAGCAGCUGCUCUUUCCCGGACAGCAUGUCUGGAGGCAUCCUCCAAGCCUGUGGAACAGAGCAAGGGUUCUGUGACAAGAUGCCCUGAGCAGCUGAGGCAGACCCCUUCCGUUUUCCCAGCACUGUUGAAGGGGCCACUUUAAAAAUGAAGUACAGCCACCUCACUCCAAAGUUGCUGUGACAGGGACCUGAGCUGAGCAGUGAUAGGGUGCGGGCAGGGCUGCCUGCCGUGCUUGAUCUGCGGAGGCGACAGUGCUGUAGCCAUGUCAGCCCCAUCCUGGGGAGGAGCAGCCGCUAGCAGUUUGACCUGCGGGUUGGUAUACAAAGUUCAUGGCACAGGGAGGUGUUGGAAGCACGGGGAAGGAGGGGCAUCUCGAGGCGUGGCAGUUCUCUCUGGGCAGAUGGCAAGUGCCCUGGCUCUAGGAAGGCAGCCCGUCUGUCCCCUGUGCCACCCUGUCGGGGUCUGUCAGCUCUGGUGCUGCACCAGGCAGGGGUUGGCAGUGCAGCCCUGGGUGCACGGCUCACGGGAGGCCUCCUCCAAGCAGUGGUGACCACAACACAGGGCUCCUUUCAGGCCCUCGGUGGCCCUUCUGCCGCUAGGCUGUCUGUAAGUCUUUAAAGAUUGCAGGUGAUUUGUUUUGCCUGCUCAGUUAUUUUUUCUGUUUUAAAAGUUGGAUUUUAAUAUUUUCAGCUGGGCCCCUUCACUCCCUUUUGAAAAUU